AUGACACUUGAUGUAGGUCUCAGCGUCGAUAGCCCGCCAAGCGAGGCUGAGGAAUUGAUGGCCGAUGUUGAUGAUGGUAUUGCCUCCGUGGAUUCGAGUGAAUGCCGUGCCGAUACGGGAACAGAUUCCACAAUACUAUACACUGCGUCACGCUCUCGAGAAGCAAGCCGUGGCGGGCAAAGAGUGACGCAAGAAAGCUCGGAUGAACCAGACCUGCCUAUUUCGAUCUAUGAAUCCGAUGAACCUGCUGAAUCCAUCAUCGUGGAUGACAAUGGCGGUCAACCCAUUUUUAUCGACAGUUCUGAUGACGAAAUGGGCUUGGACAAUGACAAUCCCGGUCAGAGCCCCCGACGUCGAGCGCAGCGAAAGCAGUCAACACUACGGUCCCCAGAGAUGGUAAAUUGGGCUUCUAGAGAGUAUAAAGCAAAGAGCGCAGCGAGCCUUGCCGCGGCAUGGGAGAACAUGUGGGAGCAAUGGGAACGAGUCCGCGCCAAGCCUAACCGGCGGCUUGCCCAGACGUUGUAUCCACUCCACAAGAAAAUGUUCAGUGCGUGGAGCUAUGAACUAUGGAACAAGAAGUAUCAUAAACACGGCGGCCGUAAUCUUUACCAUUUCUGGGAAAAGCGUGGAGUGAAAAGGAAGGCAGUGAGACAGCUCACCGGGAAGAGAGACGGCACACUCGUGCGCAAAUUAGGGAGUGCUUUAAAGCGGCUACAGGAAGCGGAGGAAAAACAUCUGCGUAUUUUAGUUACUAUAGACGAUGGGGAGAGUGCGGAUUGCGAUUACGUGCCAAGCCAGGCAUGCCGUUGCCGGUAA